CACCGUCCAACUUUCGCCCAAAAAGCCGUUCCGAACCUGCAUCACUGUCCCUCAUUACUACACCGCACCGGGCAUGCGAAGCGACAUCACUCAUUACACCGUUGAGCCCACCCGCUCUUUGACGACUCCGAAUUGCGCCUGCGCGCAGCGACCGCACAAUGGACACACCAGUGGGACCCUUGGAGACGGGCGCAUUAUCCGAUGGGCAAUCCGUCAAGGUCGUCGAUGAUGGUGCACGCAUGAUCUCGCCGCCUCGGAGUAAAUCGCCGCGACGCACAUCGACGGGCAAACACCCGCGGGAAGAGAGUGUGGGAGAAGAGGUUGGGCGGCCUCAUGACAGCCCGGUGAAUCCUGUCGCUUUGAACAAGGCGCUUCGUGCGCUCGGCGAACCAGGACGACGGAACUCGAGUCCCUCAGUCGCCAGCCCGAGUCGGAAGCGGCAGAGGAUGUUUGGAGGUGGAGAUCGCUUCAUUCCGAACCGAGCCGGUCAGGACUUGUCUGCCAGUUACAAUCUACUUCACGAAGAUGCGUCACCUGCGACCUCCAAGGUGUCGCGGAACCCUCCAAGCGAUCUCCAUUUCCAAACCCGCGCCGCCAACAAGACCUACUCAGAAAUCUUGCGCUCAGAAAUGUUCGAUGAGGAAGUGCCGCAGUCGAUUAAUGCGCAGACGGCCUCACGAUCGCGCACCCCGCCCUUUGGAGGCAACAGCUCCGCUCGUUCCGGAUCGAAUGUCGCACCAUCAACACCCCACAAGAACAUGUUCAACUAUGGCUCAAGUAAAUCGCAUGCGCUGACUCCUCGAUCAUCAUCCCGUGGGCGAGGCUCAAUUUUGAAUCCAUGUUCAGAACUUUACAGUCUGUCACCUGUAAAGCACUCAUCACAAACGAUGCUUUUAUCGCCAAGGAAGACUCCGCGUGCCGUCAGUAAGGUUCCAUACAAAGUUCUGGAUGCACCCGAUCUGGCGGACGAUUUCUACCUCAAUCUCGUCGAUUGGGGCUCCAACGACAUUCUUGCGGUCGGACUUGGCAAGUCUGUCUACUUAUGGAGUCGCGAAACGGGACAGGUACAGCGACUCUGUGAGCUCGACGAUGAAACAGUGACAAGCGUCAGCUGGAUACAACGAGGAACACAUCUAGCAGUUGGCUCAUCGAAAGGCGAGCUCUACAUAUACGAUACUACUAACCAGAGACGAUUACGAACCAUGCAUGGACACAGCCUACGAAUCAGUUCUCUUGCCUGGAAUGCGCACAUCCUUUCAACGGGAUCAAGAGACCGGACCAUCCUCCAUCGUGAUGUUCGCAUGUCACAGAUGUAUCUCCGGAAAUUAACAGGCCACAAACAAGAGGUUUGCGGGCUGAAAUGGAACACCGACACCGAACAACUCGCAUCCGGCGGCAACGACAACAAAAUCUUCGUAUGGGAGAAAAUGGAGGAGCGGUGGCUGCAUCGUUGGGGCGAGCAAGAAGGUGGCCACAAAGCCGCCGUCAAAGCCAUCGCAUGGAGUCCACACAGCCGCGGACUCCUAGCGUCAGGCGGAGGUACCGCCGACCGCUGCAUCAAGUUCUGGAACACCAUCUCCACCGCCCAGACCAUGAAAGGCCACAACGGCCACUCCAUCCCGCCCGAACAACUCGGGGUCGACCUCGACUUCACCCGACCGUCCCUCUCCAGCCUCAGCUCACCCUCCCUCCUCUCCAACCCAACCAACAACACAACCAGCAGCCACAACAACCCGCACCUGAUCAAAUCCCACGACACCGGCAGCCAAGUGUGCAACCUGCUCUUCUCCCACAAGACCUCCGAGCUGGUCAGCACCCACGGCUACUCGCAGCACGCCAUCAACAUCUGGAAAUACCCCGGCAUGACCCCCGUCGUCAGCCUCACCGGCCACACCUACCGCGUCCUCUACCUCGCCAUGAGCCCCGACGGCUCCGUCAUCGUCACCGGCGCCGGCGACGAGACCCUGCGCUUCUGGGACGUCUUCCAGAACAAAGGCAAGAACGCCGGUCCGGGCGGCGCGGGGAAAUCCCGUGGCGGCAUCGUCGGCGAGUGGGGCGUAAUCCGGUGAUCCUUUCUCUCGUCCGGUCGGGUUUUCCUGAUGGGAUGGGAUGGGAUGGGAGAUGGGCAUGAAACGGUUGAUGACUGAUGACUUGUGACGAUGGCUCCUGGGUUUUUUUUACGAUGAAUGAUUGCUCUGGGGUUUUUUGGCGUGUCUUGGGCAAAGGAAGCGGACUACCAUUGUAUUUAUCCUUUUAGCAGCCGGGAGGCCUUUGUUCUAUCUUUCGCAAGAGCGUCGGCGAAACGGGCGUUUUUGGGGUUUCGAAAAGGGCGUGGAACUUGCACUGAGCCGAGGCCGGUCUCAUGGGCCCUGGUGUUUAGCAUAUGGGGAGCGAGGGAAAAAAAAGAAAUGUGAACAACAGUUUUAUUUUUUGUCCCCAUCUGUCAUGAAAAGAAAGCGUCAUCGUC